CAAACUGAAGAAGCUUGAGUUCAUCCUUUGCUUAAACAAGUCUUGUUCUUUUGGUUGCAUGAUUUUCGUUUUUUUUUUUCUGAUUUUAAUUUGUUAUUGUCUUAUUUGUUAUGCAUUUUUAAAAUACGUCCACUUUGUUUUGUUUUUUUCCUCAUAUGGAAAUGGGAAUGUACCACACAACCUGUGCUUGUAUUUAGAGUCUCUCAGUAACAUGUUGACACAGCGGUCUGACAUAACUUUCGCCAUUAUAUAAACUUUUCAAGAGCGCGUGCCUUCUAAACUGUAAUCCUGUAACAAUGCUCAAUAGAUAAGCUGUGAUACAUAAGAACACUCAUGUGCUACAAACUGUAAAAAAGUAGGUCAGUGCGUUUAUGAUCCGGGUGUUUACCUUUUUACUAUUAUAUAUUUUUCUUUUAUUUUCUUUUUCAUAAAGUCGUCAUGCAGAAAGAGCAUCUGUUCAAAGUUCUGGUUAUCGGAGACCUUGGAGUUGGAAAAACGUCAAUAAUCAAACGAUACGUUCAUCAGAUAUUCUCUCAACACUAUCGCGCGACUAUAGGAGUGGAUUUUGCUCUGAAAGUGCUUCACUGGGACAGCCAGACGGUGGUCCGCCUUCAGUUGUGGGACAUAGCAGGACAGGAGCGUUAUGGGAACAUGACGCGGGUUUACUAUCGGGAGGCCGUGGGAGCCCUCAUAGUGUUUGACGUGACCCGAUCCUCCACGUUUGACGCAGUGCUGAAAUGGAAAGACGACCUCGACUUGAAAGUCUCUCUCAAUAACGGCAAGCCUGUCCCAGCUGUCCUUCUAGCCAACAAAUCGGACCAAUCACGCGAAGGCCUGUGUUCCCAGAUCCCAAAGCUUGAUACCUUCUGCAAAGAGAAUGGAUUUGUGGGCUGGUUUGAGACCUCUGCAAAGGAGAACUCAAACAUUGAGGCGGCAGCAAAAUGUCUGGUGGAUCACAUUUUGGCCCACGAGGAAAACACCGUCAACAACACAGACCCAGAUGUGGUGGCCCUGCCUGGGUACAACAACAACACCAAAGAGCGGGUUCGAUCUAGAUGCCUGACAUGUUCCAAAUCAUGAACACAGGAGGAUAUACAUCACUGGGAAAAAAUAAAAAGAUGUAGCAAGUUAUCAUAGAUUCAAGGGGACUCAGCCAUCCAACAUGGCACCCAAAACAUUGAGAUUCAUCUUCCAGAGAUGAGCCAUGUAACAAAAUGGCGGGGACUGUGAAGAAGAACUGUGCUGAUUAUAUGUAGCGUGAAAUCUCACAUAAUUAGAUACACUGUGCUGGCGGAGCGUUGA